AUGGCUAGCACUGUUGGAAAGGCCGCCGUUGCUUGGGAGGCCGGAAAGGACCUAUCCAUUGAAGAGAUUGAGGUAGAUCCUCCAAAGGCGCACGAGGUUCGAAUCGAGAUUCUGUAUACUGGAGUUUGCCAUACCGAUGCAUACACUCUUUCCGGCAAAGACCCAGAGGGCGCUUUCCCCAUUGUUCUUGGACACGAGGGUGCCGGUAUCGUCGAGUCAGUUGGAGAGGGUGUCACUUCCGUGAAACCCGGUGAUAGGGUUGUUGCAUUAUACACGCCGGAAUGCCGAGAAUGUAAAUUCUGCAAGUCUGGAAAGACGAACCUUUGCGGGAAGAUUCGAGCUACCCAGGGCCGCGGUGUUAUGCCUGAUGGAACCACCCGUUUUAGGGCUCGCGGGAAGGAUCUGCUGCAUUUCAUGGGAACCUCCACUUUCUCCCAAUAUACUGUCGUGGCCGAUAUAUCCGUGGUUGCCAUCACGGACAAGAUUGGACUGGACAGAGCCUGUCUCCUCGGAUGCGGUAUCACCACCGGCUAUGGAGCCGCAACUGUUACCGCUAAGGUGGAAGAGGGCUCAAACGUCGCUGUAUUUGGUGCCGGAUGCGUUGGUCUUUCCGUAAUCCAGGGCGCUAUCCAGAAUAAAGCUGGCCGAAUCAUCGUCGUGGAUGUGAAUGAUUCUAAGGAGGAGUGGGCACGUAAAUUCGGUGCCACGGAGUUCGUCAACCCAUCCAAACUGGGAGGCAAGUCGAUUCAAGAAUACCUCAUCGAAACCACGGAUGGUGGGUGUGACUACACCUUCGACUGUACCGGUAACGUCGGCGUCAUGCGAGCUGCCCUUGAGGCCUGCCAUAAGGGAUGGGGUCAAAGCAUUAUCAUCGGCGUUGCAGCCGCCGGCCAGGAGAUCUCUACCAGACCAUUCCAGCUCGUCACUGGUCGUGUAUGGAAAGGGUGCGCAUUCGGAGGAAUCAAAGGCCGCACGCAACUUCCCGGCCUUGUCGAUGAUUAUCUCGCGGGUAAAUUGAAGGUAGACGAAUUCAUCACUCAUCGCGAGACUCUGCCGAAGAUCAACACUGCCUUCGAGGAGAUGAAGGCUGGCGACUGUAUUCGAUGCGUUGUUGACAUGGCCAAAUAA